AUGGUCGUUCAAGGCAUAAGAAAAGCUACACAGAGCCAGAACGGCGUCUCUAGCUUUAUUCUCCAAUGUCGGCGUAUGGACUUUCAUUACUGUGACACAUGGGGCUCCUCAAAGGGCAUGAACUCCUUUUUACGCAAUACCCUCUCCAGAUUCGCGGCCGCCAACUCAGCGAUCGAGAUAUGUGUCUCUCCUAGACCUAGCAAACACCCAGUCAUUAUUGCUCAUUACCUUGGAUCCGGGUCGAACCGCCAGAAGGCCAUCUGUGUGAGGAAUUUGGAGAAGGAACAAAUAUUACAGAAAGCAGAGCUGUUGAGGGAUGCAAGCGGGGAGAAACUGAAGAGGGUCAAGAAACCAGUGACGAGUAUUAAGGACUCGGUCAGAGGCGUAUGGAGUCCUUAUCAUGGAGCUGGCACACAUGUAUAA